GUGCAGUCUGCAUGCUGCCACCUGUGAUGCAAGCUGGCAAUGCUCCCCCAGUGUGAGCCUGGAGGUUCUUCAAGUCCCAGGGCUGUAUGGAUGCAUUUACGCGCUCUGUUGCUGUUGUUGAUACUGACUUUGGGAGGUGCUGGUGGUAGGGAAGUGAGGCGUAGGACGAAGCAAUUUAACUCAAUCUGGCCGUCAGAAAAGCAUAAGAAGGAUGAGAGAUACUCUGUAUGUCUACUUCCCUUCUCUUCUGCCUGAUUCCUGAUCCCAGUUGGAUGUCAACUUAGAAUAAUAAAACUCUGAUCAAGGUAGCAUAAAUGCAGUCAGUUUUGUGUUAAACUCUGUCAUACACUUUUGUUCCGUGUUCCUCUGAAGUCUUUAGAUCACCUCAGCAAAAGAGUUGGUGAUCGUUUCCUUUGCCUCUCGUUUAAACAAUUUGCGUGUCUCUAUUUUCUUCAGUGGCACCGAUGUCCUCCAUCAUUUUACAGCUAUUAACUCCCAAGACAGUGUAAUCAAAACAGCCUUGCAGGCAGAUGGGCUCUUCAUUCCUUCUUAUUUUUGUAAUAUUGUGAGUCUACAUCUGAUUUGACUAAUCCGGGAUAUUAUUGGGUAUUGAAUAUGGACAUCUUGUAUGAUGCACUGGAGCUUACUUUAAAUGACCCCGACUAUAUGUUAGGGUCCGGAGGUCCUCAGGUCACCCAAUAAGAAGCUGAGCUGGAAUCCACACUCCGUACUCCAGAGUUAAUUUCCCCCCAUCCCUCUCCAUUCCUGUGGGAGUUUCUCAUGCAGUGUUAAAUCCCCACACACAAAUAUUUGAUUUUUUGGACAUAUGUGAGACAAGUACAUUCUCUAUACAACUACACACGGAUGCACAUUCCUUCAAAAAACCCUGUGUUGUAAAACUGAAGUGAGUUGGGUCUUGAUGUCCAGUUGAGAUGCUGAUUGUGGGGUAGGCUGGUGAACUCCCUGGGGAGAAGUCCUUGGCUCACGGCUCGCGGAUUCUGUGAAAUUCUUAGAUGGAAUUCCUCACCGCAGCAGCCCCCCUUAAGUCGUGAAGCAAAUUGAACACCCACAGGCAGACGGUGAGUGACAGCUUGUGUCCUGAAAUUAGUUCAAAAUAUUACAGUCCAAAAAAUCUACUUUUUACUAGCUGAGGCCCUUUGAGCAAAUUACAGGGCUUCUGGUCAGAGGCUGCCACUCUGUAAAAUUGGUGAGCGCCUGCCCGGCCUCGCUCAACUGUUGUGAGAAUGAAAAGACGGAACAGAAGCGCAAGUGCCUCGCAGUGUAGAAUCGAACAUCUGGGCCCUCAAGCGAGCAAAUACCGAGGUCUCCUGUGUACGAGGCAGAAUAAAACGACAGGUAAGGUCAGGUAGGAGUGGAAGCGGCAGAGACAGGUGCUUUGGGGCCUGAGAUGUAAUUCACUGACAGAGGUGUCUAACUCGAGGGUUCUGCGGGGUGAUGCUUAACUCACGGGUACCCCGCAGGUUUGAACUGAAUGGCGAUCCAAAUCCAGGUCUGCAUGUCCUUAAAAGAGAUUUGAAAACCAGAAGGAAGGAGUCUGAGAGGCCUGUAGCCCAGAGGGUUCACGAGACACUGCUAAGAUGGCUUCUGGAAGCGUGCCUGACCUUAGAUGUGAACCUGUGGGCGAGGAGUGUAUCUGGUGGAGAGCUGUUUGACCGGAUAGUGGAGAAGGGAUUUUACACAGAGAAAGAUGCCAGCACUCUGAUCCGCCAGGUCUUGGAUGCUGUCUACUAUCUCCAUAGAAUGGGCAUUGUCCACAGGGACCUCAAGCCUGAGAACCUAUUGUACUACAGUCAGGAUGAAGAGUCCAAAAUCAUGAUCAGUGACUUUGGAUUGUCCAAAAUGGAGGGCAAAGGAGACGUGAUGUCCACAGCCUGUGGGACCCCAGGCUAUGUUGCUCCCGAGGUCCUCGCACAGAAACCCUACAGCAAAGCUGUCGACUGCUGGUCCAUUGGGGUGAUUGCCUAUAUCUUGCUCUGCGGCUACCCUCCUUUCUAUGACGAAAAUGACUCCAAGCUCUUUGAGCAGAUUCUCAAGGCGGAAUAUGAGUUCGACUCCCCCUACUGGGACGACAUCUCCGACUCCGCAAAAGACUUCAUUCGGAACCUGAUGGAGAAAGAUCCAAAUAAAAGAUACACAUGCGAGCAGGCAGCUCGGCACCCGUGGAUCGCCGGUGACACAGCCCUCAGCAAAAACAUCCACGAGUCGGUCAGCGCCCAGAUCCGGAAGAACUUCGCCAAAAGCAAGUGGAGACAAGCGUUUAAUGCCACGGCCGUCGUGAGACAUAUGAGAAAACUACAUCUUGGCAGCAGCCUGGACAGUUCAAAUACAAGUGUUUCGAGCAGCCUCAGUCUGGCCAGCCAAAAAGAUUGUCUGGCACCCUCCACGCUCUGUAGUUUCAUGUCCUCUUCAUCAGGGGUCUCAGGAAUGGGAGCGGAUCGGAGACCGAGGCCCACCACUGUGACGACAGUGCACUCUGGAAGCAAGUGACCGGCUCUACAGGUGGGGUCCAGGGGGUGAGGCCAGGGAAGGGGGCCCCCAGGGGCCCCCAGCGCCACCAGCCACUCCAGAGCCAUCCCACCUUGCACGGUGCACCUCCCUGCACAGGACUGGAAGACAGAAGUUUUUUACGGCCAUAUUUUAUACUGCAAUUCUGAAGUGUUCAUUUCUCACAAAGUGUACUGGCUCAAGGGAGCGGAUUUGAUAGGAUCUGGUGCUGUACAUACGAGUCUGCAAAGCCCUAACAGAAUGGACUUUCUCAGUUCCUCUCCCUCAGCCCUGUCGUUUCCGAUCUUCUCAGUAGAGGUAACCGUCUAUGUUGUAUUUUUUCAUUCAUAACAAAAAAAGGUUUCAACUGGAUUAUUUAAGUAUCGGUAAAUAUUGUGCAUUAGGGGUUUUUUUUUUCCUUUUAAGAAAUAUGUCCUUUUGAGCUAUACUUCUUACUUCUGUGCCCUGUACCUUUUGCUUGUCAGUAGUAGAAUUUUAUGUUAACCUUUAAGAGAUUUUUUUUUU